AUGCUACGCAUGUCAGUCACAAAAAAUACAAAAGAAACUAUGAUAAAAGCAUGUAGACAUUUUUAUCGAAACGAUCACGAGGAAGAAAAAAAUAUUUCGGAGUUCAAUUCCCAUUACUCUUCGGAUAAAGCUAUAUGGUGGUAUACGCGUCCUUGUUUCUGCUAUCGUUUAACAAACAAAGUUUUAAAUACACAAGAUCCUGAUUGGUUAUAUACAUUUCGCCUCAUUAUAACUGACAUACAUAAUCAACUACUUGAAUUGUAUGAGAAAUCCAUCCAGAAAUCCAACCCAUCCAUUGACACUCCACCACAAAUUAUCUUCAGAGGUAAAGUAGUGCCGUCAAGUAUUGUUUAUAAUUUACAAGAAAAUGUCAGCGGAUUAAUUUCGAUAAACGGAUUUUUAUCAGCCACAACAUCGGAGCAAAUCAGAGAUAUAUACGGCGGCCGAGAUAAUCCAGUCAGGGAAGGCUAUGAGCGAGUACUGUUUCAAUUGAUUGUCGAUAAUCACAUUAAAACAAAACCAUUUGCGUUUAUAAAAGACUACAGUGCCAUCCCAGAUGAGAGUGAAGUUUUAUUCUCAAUUGGGACAGUAUGGUGUAUCGAGUCUGUCGUACAAGACGAAGAGGCAUUGUGGCAUAUUGUGCUCAGAUCAAGCGGUGAACAAAAUCAACGAUGUGUUGAAUUGACUGAUUACUUAAAACAACAGAUUGGCGAUAUACCAACACUAUUAACAUUGGGAAAUUUUCUUAGUGAAAUUAAAGAUUAUAACAAAGCCGAUAAAUACUAUGAGAUAUUAUUAAAAGAAUUGCCUAAAAAUCAUAAAGAUAUAGGUGCAAUUUAUAAUAAUCGUGGUUGUCUUCAGUGUGAAAAAGGUGCAUACGAUCUUGCUGAAUAUUACUUCAACUGCGCAAUCAAAAGUAUAAGCGCAGAGUACCCAUCAUCGAUACCGAUUGCACAAUCUAAUAUAGAAGUGGUGCGUUGCGAGGGUACUUUUAUUUUUGAAUCUUCCUGUGAUGUGUUACAGAAUACCGUUGAUCUGAUAACAAAAUCGUUAUCAUCAAAUGAUCGAUCGCUUGGUAAACUCUACAAUAAUAUCGGUUACAUCCAUUAUAAAAGGGGACAGAAUGAAGUGGCUAUGAAAAACUAUCAAGAAGCAAUAAAUAUUCUAUUAAAACCUACAAACCGUAAUCCAGUUGAUUUAUCAGCUGUGUAUAAUAAUAUCGGUGUCAUAUAUUUUGAAGCUAAGCGUUACGAUGAUGCGUUAAAAAGUUUCCAGUCAGCAAUUGAAUCCGGUUUGUUAUUAUUGUCACCUACACAUCAAUGGAUUAUAGAUUACGCAAAAAAUAAAAAAAUAGUAUUGAAAUACAUUGAGGCGAACUGUGAACAACGAUAA